AUGAGAAACGUUUGCAUAUUAAUAAUACCAUUUUUGCUGACCAUGUGUUUGGCUGAAUCCUACAGCGCUUUGACAGCAUUUGGAUCAUCAUCAACACAAAAUCAGCAACAAAAUUCAGAUAAACAUGGUUCAAGGCGAACAAGAGAGUGUAAAACAGAUGAAGAAUGUGCCGCAAUUCAGAAUACGUCGUGUAUGAGCGACCCUAGAGAUUACAAGAUGAGGUGCCUUUGCCGAGAUAGUUCAGCUCCGAUCAAUGGAGCCUGUCCAAAUCGCCCUAAAGCUGUAGGGUCACCAUGUAAAAUGGACAGUGAAUGUGUAGAUGGCUCAGAAUGUAAAACAAUGAACAUAACGAUAAGUUCUUUCAAAACUUGCCAAUGCAGAGAAGGAUAUAUGAGUAGAGAUGGAUACUGCAGUAUACCAUCCACAUUCACUAUUUUAAUUAUCACACUGGCACAUUUAAUAGCUAAAAGUUUGGGUAUAGGUUUUUAA